UUCAAAAUAUUUUGAAAUAUUAAAUAUGAGAAUUGGAAGAGCAGCAGCCAUUUCCAAUGCUGUCCGACACAAUAGAGAAGAUAGAAAGAGACGUGAAAGAAUAAAAUUCACUGCACCCAAGCCCGAUGCUGAAAAUAAACAAGAGUCUCAGGAAGAUAAUAAUACAAGUCAGGAUGAUUAUAUGAUCGAUAUCGAAGACAUCAAUUUACAAGACAGUUCUGACAGAAAAAUUGUUUUCAGAAAAUACCCAUUUGCAAUGUGGAUCAUCGGGACUUUUAUCCUCAUCUUAGCAAUAUACUGACUUUACCACAUUACGCUAGGGUUCCUUGGAACUGUGGUAGAUGGCUAUAAAGACGCGUCUUGGUGGCAAGUCUUGGUAAUUCUCGCACUUUUCGGAUUAUCAGGGGUGUUCUUCUUCGCAGCAAAAAUAGAAACAGUCACUUUUGAUAAGACCAAAGAUGAGUUUUCUAGGAAGAAACUCAAUACUUUU